UGCUCCGGACCGCCAGCGGGCGCGCGCUAUGGCUGUCCAGUGAUGGUUGGAGCGCGAGACAUGGGACGGGCCCCGGGAUCCAAGGUAGCGCUUCGCCUUUAACUAAGCCAAGCCUGCGGCGCAAGCUAUGGCGGGGCCCCGGUGGCCCGAAGCCCUCCUCCUCAUGGUCCUACUGCUGCAGGGUGAGAGACGGUGUGCUGCCAGUACAGUGACUCUCCCAGAAACCUUGCUGUUUAUAUCCACACUUGAUGGGAACCUGCAUGCUGUCAGUAAACGGACUGGGGAGAUCAAAUGGACCUUAAAAGAAGAUCCAAUCAUUCAGGUUCCAGUCUACCUGGCUGAGCCAGCAUUUCUUCCAGAUCCAAAUGACGGAAGUCUCUAUGUCAUGGGAGGAACAGCUAAGGAGGGGCUAAUGAAACUCCCUUUCACCAUCCCUGAGCUGGUUCAUUCCUCUCCUUGUCGGAGCUCUGAUGGAAUACUGUACACAGGCAAGAAACAGGACCUAUGGUUUGUAGUGGAUCCUGAAACUGGAGAAAAGCAGACCACGCUGACCACAGAUAUGUCAGGGAACAUUUGUCCAUCCGCUCCCCUCCUGUACAUUGGGCGAACAGAGUAUAUGAUCACCAUGUACGAUACCAAGACGCGUGAAAUUUACUGGAAUGCUACGUACUAUGAAUAUUCUGCUCCUUUAUGCAAUGAAAACAUGGACUAUAAGAUGGCUCAUUUUGCAUCAAACGGUGAUGGUUUGGUGGUGACUGUAGACAGGGCAUCAGGUGAUGUCCUUUGGAUGCAGAAUUAUGGGUCUCCUGUAGUAGGGAUGUUCAUUUGGCAACAAGACAGCCUUCACCAGAUACCUCACCUGAAUGUUGCCAUGGAAACACUGCGGUACCUCACGUUUAACUCUCAAGAUAUCCGAAUGAUAAAGUGGAAGUACCAGUUCGCGAAAGAGCCAUCCACUACAAAGACUCAAUUGGUUCCCACACUUUAUGUCGGGAAGCAUGCAUCUGCCUUCUAUGCCUCAACAUCACUUGUCCAUGAAGGAGUUGCUGUAGUGCCUCGUGGAAUCCCUAUUGUACGUGUCAAUGGUCCCACAACUGAUGAUGUCACUGUGCGGGAGCAAGGCGCUUGCGAAAGAACUCCAAGCACUCAAGUUAAAUAUCCCCAGGGGAGUAUCCUUGCAUCUGGUAACGUUGAGAAUCAAUGGCUGUUCAUAGGUCAUCAUGAACUGCCACCAGUUGCACACACCACAAUCCUGAGGACAUUUCCAGAUCCCAUGAAGAAGAAUAACGAGGCUGUCAUCACAACAAAGACCAACACCAGAACUAUUGAUGAAUUUAUGAUGCAGAAUGACGAGAUGCAAUCAAAAACUUUUGAUGAAAGUUAUCGGAUGGACAGUGAAGUGAAGCAAGAGGCUACAACAGAGACUGUGCCUGAAUUUGGAAAUCAGGAUGUUCUGACUGCAGUCAUACUUGGUAUACUAGUAGGAUGCUGGGUGGUGUUUCUAAUCAUGUAUCCAAAGAAGAUGCGUUGGCAGCAGAAAUUACAACAAGAACAGCUGGAACAACACCUGGCGGAGAAGUUCCAGCUGCUUCAGCAGCAGCCCUCAUGCUCUGCUGACCAGAUCAAAUUGGAUUCUCCAGAAUUCUCCGAAGAGGUAUCUCAAACCUCCCCAAAAGAAGCCCGGGGACCCAACUCCCAAGGUCAUGACAGCAGUAUUCAGUCCUCAGAGCAACCUCCUGGUUACAGUUUACACAACGGUAUUGUCUGUUAUGAUGAAAUGGUGGCUGAUGCUGGAACCAACCUGGUUACAAUAGGAAAGAUUUCCUUCAAUCCAAAAGAUGUACUAGGUCAUGGAGCCGAGGGAACAUUUGUAUUUCGGGGCACCUUUGAUGACCGUAAUAUUGCCGUGAAAAGGAUUCUCCCUGAGUGUUUCAAUUUUGCCGACCGUGAAGUUCAGCUCCUUCGGGAAUCUGAUGAGCAUCCCAAUGUCAUUCGCUAUUUCUGUACUGAAAGGGAUAAGCAGUUUUAUUAUAUUGCCAUCGAGCUGUGUGCAGCUACCCUGCAAGAGUAUGUGGAAGAUUCCAAAUUUGACCAUGUUAAUCUGGAUCCAGUAACGGCACUCUUUCAGACCAUGUCUGGCCUAGCUCAUCUGCAUUCCCUUAAUAUUGUCCAUCGUGAUUUGAAACCACGUAACAUCCUCAUCUCCCUGCCAAACUCUCAUGGAAACGUAAGGGCAGUGCUCUCAGACUUUGGCCUGUGUAAGAAACUAUCUGUUGGGCAUCACAGUUUCAGCCUGCGCUCUGGUAUACCUGGAACAGAGGGCUGGAUUGCACCAGAGGUUUUACAAGAGGAUCCCAAGGACAAGCCUACAUAUGCAGUCGACAUUUUCUCAGCAGGCUGUGUCUUUUACUACGUUGUUUCCGUGGGAAAGCAUCCAUUUGGUGAAUCGUUCAGGCGGCAGAGUAAUAUCUCAUUAGGGCGGUACACGUUAGAGCAUUUUGAACAAGAGACACAUGAGAAUGUUGUGGGUAAACACCUAAUUGAACAAAUGAUCAGUGACAAUCCACAGCAACGUCCCUCCACUCAGUGUGUCCUGAAACAUCCCUUCUUCUGGACUAAGGAAAAGCAGCUUCAAUUCUUUCAGGAUGUGAGUGAUCGGAUAGAAAAGGAACCAUUGGAAGGGCCAAUAGUUGGUAGAUUGGAGUCCGGCGGAAGAAUAGUGGUGAGAACAAACUGGAGGAUGCACAUCACCAUUCCCUUACAAACAGACUUGAGAAAGUUUCGGACGUAUAAAGGAAGCUCUGUGCGUGAUCUUCUCCGAGCCAUGAGAAAUAAGAAACAUCACUACCACGAACUACCACUGGAGGUACAAGAGACACUGGGAGAAAUACCAGACCAGUUUGUGCAGUACUUCACAUCUAGAUUCCCAAAGCUGCUGCUGCAUACAUACGAAGCAAUGCAGGUAUGCAGCCAUGAGAGGCUCUUUCACUUGUAUUAUCAUCAGGAAGCUGGAGACCUGAACAUCAACUGUGCCAAACCAGAAAGGUAGGAAGCAAGCUUCACGCAGCACAAGCAUGCUUGUGGUAAUCUAUGGAACCGAAGGAAGUGCUCUUCAGGCUGAAGUGCUUCACAUACAAUAGAGUAAGAUGACAUUUUUGGAGAACAAAGAAACCUGUCUGAUGACCUCUUCACCAUCAUAGACUGUCCAUAAAUGGAUCAUCUCAUCCUAACUCUACAUGGAAGACAAUUUAUUGGUAAGAUUGGGCAGGAUAAAAAUUAUGAAUGUGAUCAUAAGGUUGUCAAGUGAACUGUCCAGCGAGGAGGUGGAACUGAAUGACAAGGAAGAAAGAACUGAUCUAUAACACUACUCCAUCUUCUAGUCAUGACCCCAAAGCUGGAGAGAACAGUUUCUCUCCUUUGCAGAAAAGCCAACUGUGUGCAGGAGCCUGGAGGGGAAACUGGACAGGUAAAAAAUGGAACAUGUUCCACUCUAUAAAUGAAGUUUGUGCCAUUACAGACACCACUGACUGAUGCAGCACAUGAUAGUUGUAACACUGGCUACCAAUGUUUACAGUAUAGUAUUAGUGUAAAAUUACCUCAUACAAGUGACUGGAGGGGUUUUUUUUUUACAGAAUUAUUUUAGAUUAAACACAACUUGCUUUUAAAAAUUGAUUUAUUAUUAUAUCUAAAUCAGUCUUUUCUCACAGGGUUAAUGCAUGACUAGUCACUGAUGUCCUUAUGCAGUACUAUCAUUUCCCUUCUCUUGUGAGGCUCUUAAUAACUCUGAAAAAGUCAGUGGAUAGCAAGCAGGAGCAGAAAUCACAGGGCUGAGCCCCAUUGUUGGACCUGCUGCUCGCUUCCUUCAGAUCAAGAGAAAGAAACAUUUGGAUUGUAAUUGAGCAACUCCAGCCUAGUUUUCUGGAAGCUACAUGCGUGGCUCACCACUGAAUCAUGUUAUGGAUUUGAAAUGAAUGCUGCACAAUAAGCAUUUCUGUGCCUGAUAUCAGAUACUUUGAAGGAGGCCUGAACUUGAUUAAACUACUGUUGGAAUAGGCAUUACGCAUUUGGUUUGUGAUAUGCUAAAUGGUAUUAGAGGUGUAAUCAAUAUUUUUAAAUACAAUUGAAAAAACUACCAAAGAUUUGGGAGCAGGUGAAAAUUGGUUGCUGUAAAAGAAUGUUUUUAAGGAAUAGUUAAAGGUUGAGGUUUAUAAAAUACACAUUUCUGCUGUGCAGUAUUAGGCAAGGCUAUGAUUGUUUCCAAACUGAAUAAAAUGUUUUAUUCAAUUGAGUUUUUGACUGAUUUGAGGAGUUACAAUUUAAUUAACUUUGAAGGGACAU